AUGACAUCUAGGUUGCGUGAUCUAGUAGCAGUACUAGGUGGAGGAAAGAGAGUUGUACAAGGCAUGUUGACAAUAUCAUCUUCAACACCUUAUAUCCCUAGAAGUUACCCACCACCUACUUCUACCAAUACAACCAAUACAAAUAGUAAUAAUAAUAAUAAUAGUAAAGUACAAGAAGAUGAAUCAACAUUCUUGACAGCUACAAACCCUAAAAUCAAGUAUAUCGAAUUGUCAAGAGAAAAGACAAGCGUACCUCAUACAAGACCUGCUAGAUUUUGGGAAUUCACGAUUGAUUUGAAUAUAGAAUUGGCAAUUGGAAUGGGAGCAGGAUUAGUAUCAGAAGUUACAAAAAGAAAGAUGGGUGGUGGAACGGAUGGAAACAACAAUAACAAACAAUCACAUCCAUUAUUUAAUGAAUCUAAUGCAAGUAGAUUAUCAGAGACAUUUUCAAGAAUGAGAGGAACUGCAUUGAAAAUAGGUCAAGUACUUAGUAUACAAGAUGAAUCAGUUCUACCUGCCAAUUUUGUAAAGAUGUUGGAAGAUGUUAGAAAGAAUGCUAAUCCAAUGCCACUUGACCAACUUUACACAACGUUGGAGAAAGAGUUGGGUGUGGAUUGGAGAUCAUUAUUUCAAACAUUUGAAGAACAACCAAUUGCAGCUGCAUCAAUUGGACAAGUACAUCGAGCAGUUACAACAGACGGUAGAGAAGUAGCUGUAAAGGUGCAAUACCCAGGUGUAGCGGAUAGUAUCACAAGUGAUAUUAAAACACUAUUGUCCAUGUUGAAAAUGGUUGCACCGGAAACUGGCUACAUCGAGUAUUCACUUGAAUCGGCUAGACAAGAGUUACUCAAAGAGACAGAUUACCAUCACGAAGCUGAUAAUCAGAGACGAAUGAAACACCAAUUGGAAACAAGUAAUAACCCACAUUUAAGACAUUUCUACGUACCAGAUAUUAUUGAUCAUCUAAGUACCAAACGUAUCCUCACCACUGAAUUUAUCAAUGGUGUAUCAAUCGACCAAAUCGAUACUGUAAACUAUAACCAAAAGACUAGAGAUUGGGUAUCACGUAAUCUCCUAUCCCUCUGUCUCGCCGAAUUAUUUCAAUUCCAAUUCAUGCAAACUGAUCCAAAUUGGAGUAACUUUAUUUUAGAUUUUGAAAAGAAAAGAAUUAACUUACUUGAUUUUGGAGCAUGUAGAUCAUAUGUUGGGUAUUUUACGGGUGAUGAGAAUGAAGCGAUGCGAGAUGCACAGGCCAAGGCAGUGAUGAUUCUGUCUGAACCAUUUGCCUCUAAAGAACCAUACCCAUUCAUGCCCAAACGUAUAUCGAAUAGAAUCACAGAGCUCAUUCCAGUGAUGCUAAAGAAUCGUUUGAAACCACCUCCCGAGGAAACCUAUUCACUUCACCGUAAACUAUCUGGUUGUUUCUUGGUUUGUUCCAAAUUACAAGCUGAUGUUGAAUGUAAUACCAUCUUUAAAUAUUAUGAAAAUCUAUUUGAAUUAAAUCAUAAGGACAAAGAACAAGAACAAGUAGAAGUAGAAGAAGGAAAGAAGAUAUAA